AGCCAAACAAUCUAGAACUAAUUGAGCUCAAAAGAGCCACAGCUUUACUGUAGCCACCAAGAACAAACAGCACAACUCUGUUAUUCGCUUCAGAAUCCUUCAUAUGAGGUUGAAUAAUGAACAUGGUGUGAGUAGCACAGAAGAGCAAAGGAAAAUCGCAGCAUAUGAACACUUGAAAGAAGUUAGCGUGAGAAAAAGAACAGUGGCCUGAAAAGGGGUGGACUGAACUUGACACCUUAAGGUUUUCCAUGAAGUCCAGCUAAGAAUGCAACCCGCCAUAAAGAGAUAAGGCCUAUUUCACUGUAGAUAUUCUUCUGUGUGGUGAAAAUGGCUCUAAUUUUUUGACAACGACUAAAGGAAAAUGGGGUCAAAUACACUUGGGAAAGCUGCAACAUUAGAUGAUCUUUUGAACACUUGUAUUGAAAUGUCUGAUGACAAAGGAGGUCUGGGCACCACUCAUUUGCCAAGAACAUUCCUUUUAAUGCACCGAUGGUAUCUGUCUUCCACAGAACUGGCAGGCAAACUUCUCUCCAUCUAUAGAGAUGCCAGCGGGGAAAAUUGCGACGAAUUCCGUUUAAAAAUCUGCUAUUUCAUGAGAUACUGGAUUUUGGAGUUUCCUGCAGAAUUUAACUUGGAUCUUGGUUUAAUCCGUCUGACCGAGGAAUUCCGGGAAGUAGCCACCCAGCUUGGUUAUGAGGCUCAUAUCCACCUUAUUGACAUCUCUAGCAUUCCCUCCUAUGACUGGAUGAGAAGAGUCACACAAAGGAAAAAAACUUCUAAGAAAGGAAAAGCCUGCCUGCUGUUUGACCAUCUGGAGCCCAUUGAACUAGCCGAACACCUGACUUUCCUAGAGCACAAGUCUUUUAGACGCAUUUCUUUUAUAGAUUAUCAAAGCUAUGUGAUCCAUGGCUGCUUGGAAAACAACCCUACCCUGGAGAGAUCUAUUGCAUUAUUUAAUGGUAUCUCUAAGUGGGUCCAGCUUAUGGUUCUCAGCAAACCAACACCCCAGCAAAGGGCAGAAGUAAUUACAAAGUUUAUCAACAUUGCACAGAAGUUGCUACAUCUCCAGAACUUCAACACCCUGAUGGCAGUUGUAGGAGGUCUAAGCCACAGUUCUAUUUCUCGUCUCAAAGAAACGCACUCUCAUCUAUCUUCUGAGGUUACAAAGGACUGGAAUGAAAUGACAGAACUGGUCUCCUCCAAUGGAAACUACUGCAACUACCGCAAAGCUUUUGCUGACUGUGUUGGCUUCAAAAUCCCCAUUUUAGGAGUACACUUGAAAGACUUGAUCGCUGUCCAUGUCAUCUUUCCAGAUUGGAUAGAUGAGAACAAAGUAAACAUAGUGAAAAUGCAGCAGCUUUCCAUGACCUUGAGUGAACUGAUUUCCCUGCAGACUGCUUCCCAUCAUCUAGAACCAAAUAUGGAUUUAAUUAACCUGCUAACACUGUCCCUGGACCUCUAUCACACAGAAGAUGAUAUUUACAAGCUCUCCCUGGUGUUGGAGCCAAGGAAUUCUAAAUCACCUACCUCCCCAACGACCCCUAACAAGCCAGUAGUGCCGCUGGAGUGGGCAUCUGGAGUGGUACCAAAGCCUGACCCGACCAUCAUUAACAAGCACAUAAGAAAGCUAGUCGAUUCUGUUUUUAGGAACUAUGAUCACGACCAUGAUGGCUAUAUUUCUCAAGAAGACUUUGAAAGUAUAGCUGCCAACUUUCCUUUUCUGGACUCCUUCUGUGUACUGGACAAAGACCAAGAUGGUCUUAUUAGCAAAGAAGAAAUGAUGGCCUACUUCCUGAGAGCAAAAUCACAGCUACAAUGUAAAAUGGGACCAGGAUUUAUUCACAACUUUCAGGAGAUGACCUAUCUUAAGCCGACUUUCUGUGAACACUGUGCAGGAUUUCUCUGGGGCAUAAUCAAACAAGGAUACAAAUGCAAAGACUGUGGUGCCAACUGCCAUAAGCAGUGCAGGGACCUGCUUGUGCUCGCCUGCAAGAAAUUUUCCAGAGGAACCUCCACAGGCAGUAACCACGGGUCUUUGCCUAGCAGUCCCUCUCUGCCUCCAGUACAAGAUGAAGUAUUUGAGUUUCCCAGUGUUGCUACAGGACAUCAGGACCUGGAUGGAAGAGCCAUAACCCUAGUGACUGGCUCCUCUCGGAAGAUUUCUGUCCGUCUGCAGCGGGUCACCACCAGUCAAGCAACCCAGACAGACCCACUGUGGCAUGAGCCUGGCUGGAGUGACUCAGGGUCCCAUACCUUCCCUAAAAUGAAGUCCAAGUUCCACAGCAAAGCUGGAAAGAACAAAGGCUUUGCAAAAUGGGAGAAUGAAAAGCCCAAUGGACAGGCUAAUACACAUGUUGAAGCAGAGACACGAGAACAUGCACUGGACCAGAAUGGAAUAGAAACACCCCAGGAAAGACAGGAAUCUGAGGAUAGCUGAUCACUUGCCCUGAAAGAUGGAGGACAAUUAAGAUGGCUGUUGGAACUCAACAAGAUACAGACGUCUGUAGACCACUCUUUGACUAUGGGAAAUUUUGCUGUACCUCAUACUUAUACUUUAUGAAUUCAGAAGAUCUUCCUGUUAUCUUAUGUAAUAGGUGGUAAAGUUAAAAUGCACUAUUUAUUUUCUCACACGUAAGUCAUCAGCAAAGAAAGAGCAGAUUUCUAGAUUUCUUGGAAGGUAUUGGCCAGCAGGGAGAAAUUGACUGUAUGCUUGAUUCUGCAGUUCUGCAAACCAGUGAGGAUAGACCUGAUCAUUUUUUAAAAUAUUGCAUCAUUUCAACAUACCUAUUCCAGUUAUGGUGAGAAUGGGAUCUGACUGCCAAAGUUAAUUUGAUAAAGCAUCUUGUUUAGAGGCUCAUAAGGAUCUUUGGAAAAAAACUAGAAAUUUAUGUUCAUUGCUAAAUCUCAAAUGGGAGUCUUUUCAAGAGUCAGAGUUAAAAUCCUCUCCUUGGUUAAAAGCCUUUGCACACCAGUCUUUCCAACUUUAAAGAUGUUUAUGUUGUUCCUGUUAAACACAUCAUGUAAGUGUGUCACAUCUUAAUAACACAAGGCCACAAAAAGAGGCUCUCAAACCACAGCAUGUGUCAAAGGACUGUAGGAAUUUCAGGACAAAUAUUAUUAUUCAUAUGUAUGAUUAUAGAAUAACUGGAGAGAGAUUCUCUCCCCCAGCACUGAUUAUGAUAAAAUUAGCAUGUAAUAAAACAUUUCAGUUUUUAGGGUUUUUUAAAUAUUCUCUUUUCAGCAAACUGAAGGUAUCUAAAUAAAAUUUAACACUGGAUUUCAUGAAGAGAAACCUG